AUAUUCUAUUGGAGGGAGAAAUAUAUAUAAGUAAAGCACAGAAAGGGAAUCAGGGCAAAGGAGGAAGAGAGAGAGAGAUCAGAAAGAAGAAACCAUGACACAAACAACAAUUUCUUCUGCUACUUUUCUUCUUCCAUUUCUUCUCCUCUCUUCUUCACUGCUCACUCCCACGUCCGCCAUUAAAAGGUCCUAUGUUGUCUACAUGGGAGCUCAUUCCCACGGCGGUCGAAAGCCCGCCGAUGUCGUCGCCGAUUCUCACCACAAAUUCCUCCGUCCAUUUCUCAAAAGAGACGAUUUUACAGAAGAUGUCAUCUUUUACUCGUAUACAAGACACAUCAAUGGCUUUGCAGCAAUGUUGGAAGAUGAAGUUGCUGCUCAAUUAGCUAAACAUCCAAAAGUGGUGUCGAUUUUUUUGAACAAAGGAAGAAAAUUACACACAACAAGAUCAUGGGAGUUCAUGGGGAUGGAGAACAACAAUGGAGUUAUCACUUCAGAAUCAAUAUGGAAGAAGGCAAGAUUUGGAGAAGACACCAUUAUUGGAAACCUUGAUACUGGGGUGUGGCCAGAAUCAAAGAGCUUUAGUGAUGAUGAUUUGGGACCAAUUCCUCUUAGGUGGAGAGGAAUCUGCCAAAACCAAAAUGAUCCCUCUUUCCAUUGCAAUAGGAAACUAAUCGGAGCAAGAUACUUCAACAAAGGCUAUGAAUCUGUGGUUGGCCCUCUUAAUUCUUCGUUCAAUUCGCCGAGGGACAAAGAAGGGCAUGGUUCUCAUACCUUGUCCACGGCUGGCGGUAACUUCGUCGCCGGAGCUAGCGUUUUCGGCUUGGGAAAUGGCACCGCCAAGGGCGGAUCACCGAGGGCUCGGGUGGCCGCUUACAAGGUCUGCUGGCCUCCAGCGGCCGGAAAUGAGUGCUUCGAUGCCGAUAUAUUGGCGGCGUUUGAUUCGGCGAUCCACGACGGCGUCGACGUGUUGUCGGUAUCGCUUGGAGGAGAUCCGAAUCCGUUGUUUAACGAUAGUGUAGCCAUUGGCUCAUUCCACGCCGUGAAGCAUGGGAUUGUGGUGAUUUGCUCUGCCGGAAAUUCGGGACCUGCAGCCGGUACGGUGACCAAUAUUGCUCCCUGGCAGAUCACCGUCGGAGCCAGUACCAUGGACAGGAAGUUCCCUAGUCUUGUCGUUCUUGGGAACAAGAAGCAGAUUGAGGGUGAAAGCCUGUCCCAAAAUGCUCUGCCAAGCAGGAAGUUCUAUCCACUCGUGAGUGCUGCAGAUGUUAGAUUAGCCAAUGCAUCAGCUCAUGAAGCUCAAUUGUGUAAAGCUGGUACACUUGAUCCUAUGAAGGCAAAGGGAAAGAUCCUUGUCUGCCUUCGAGGCGAUAAUGCAAGAGUCGACAAGGGCGAGCAAGCACUGUUGGCUGGUGCUGUGGGCAUGAUUCUCGCCAAUAAUGAGCCUAGUGGGAAUGAAAUCCUUGCUGACCCACAUGUCCUUCCAGCCUCGCACAUAAACUUCACUGAUGGCACUGCGGUUUUAACAUACAUCAAUUCAACCAAGUUCCCCAAGGCUUACAUCACACGAGCUACAACUCAAUUAGGUAUAAGGCCAGCUCCAUUUAUGGCAGCAUUUUCAUCAGUGGGACCAAACACUAUUAUUCCAGAGAUCCUAAAGCCUGAUGUUACAGCUCCUGGGCUGAGUGUUAUAGCUGCUUAUACUGAAGCAGAAGGACCUACAAAUCAAGAAUAUGAUAAUCGUCGGCUUCCUUUUAACUCAGUAUCAGGAACUUCCAUGUCAUGCCCACAUGUUUCUGGUAUUGCUGGUCUUCUCAGGACUCUUUACCCUCAUUGGAGUCCUGCAGCUAUAAAAUCUGCCAUCAUGACCACGGCAAACACUUUGGACAACAACUUCGAGCCGCUCCUCAAUGCAUCCUACUCUGUGGCCACACCAUUGAACUAUGGAGCAGGACAUGUUCAUCCAAAUGGUGCUACUGAUCCUGGCUUGAUCUAUGACAUAGAGGUUAAUGAAUAUCUGUUAUUUCUAUGUGCAUUAGGAUAUAACCAAGCUCAAAUAUCACAAUUCUCCAGUGGUCCCUUCAAUUGUUCAGAGCCUAUUAAUCUUACAAAUCUCAACUACCCUUCAAUUACUGUCCCUGAGCUCUCUAGAUCAAUCACAAUUACUCGAAGAUUAAAGAACGUCGGUUCUCCUGGAACGUACAAAGCUCAGAUAAGAAAACCGGCUGGGAUAUCGGUUUGGGUUAAGCCAAAGAAGUUGAACUUCACAAGAUUAGGUGAAGAGCAGAGCUUCAAAGUUCUUAUGAAAGUUAAGGAACAGAAUGCAGCAAAGAAGAACUAUGUAUAUGGUGAUUUGAUAUGGUCAGAUGGUAAGCACCAUGUAAGAAGCCCUAUUGUGGUGAAGGUAGUUUAGUAGAAAGUUGAAAAGAACUCGUUUGGAUUGACCUCUUAAAGUGUUUUUAAGCACUUAAAAAGUCAAAUUGAAGAGACUCGAAAUUUGAUUUGGUUGGUUGAUCUAGUUUCUACAUAUUAGUUUGAUGCCUUGAUUUGUAGACGAGAAUGACUCUAGUUUGAGUCCUCGUUGUGCUCCUUACGGUUGUUUGGCUCACUCUCAACCUAAGACUUUUGGAAUAAUUGAUAAAGUGAGGGAAAACAAUAGCUGACAAUUGGUGAUGGUUUCACUGGUAUUCUUCGUGCUUCUAAUCCUUUUGGAAAUUUAGAUCCAAAAAUUUAUAUUUUUCGUCUUUAUAACGUAUUAGUUAUAAAGAAGUUUCAAGUCAUGUCGAACUCAUAGUCCGAUACGACAUGUUGUCAUCUGAGAUGUGUAUGGCAUGUAUGCUUAUAUGUACAGGUUCUCCUCCUCUCUUGAGAUGUCCAGAAAAGCAGGAAGGAGAUGAGUUAUCAGAUAAUUUUUCAUCGAAGAGUAGUUUUCCAAUA